UGCCAAUGCUCUCAGCUGCCUGCAAUCAUCUGACGGGCCUGGUUAUGCCUCUCUGUGCCGGGACUGCUCGCCUCUGCUUCUAGUCUCUCCCCGGGCUGCGACAGGCUGCUUCCUUCCUCCAGGGUUCAUGGAAAGGACGCAGUGAUUGCUAAGUGCUGAUAAAAUGGAUUCAGAGCCAUCAACACCCCCUCACCUGCUGGGCAGAUCUCAGCUCAAUGCUGCCACCCCUGCUGAAGGCCAAGAAGACCCUCACACACCAGGACCCAGCGUGUCUGCUCCAUCGUCACCCCGAGUAUUUUCCCCUGUGACUGAUGACAUGAGUGAUGAACUGAACCCACAGGAAGCUGUCUUUCAGGAACUUCUAGAAAAAGCCAAGGCUGGAGAUGCAAAGGCACAAAGUGAGGUUGGAAAACACUACUUGAAACUCGCUGAAGAGGAAGACGAGGAGGUAAACAGCUGUGCGGCUGUUGACUGGCUUAUUGCAUCUGGCAAGCAAGGUCGGAGGGAUGCCGUCAAGUUGUUACGGAGAUGUUUGGCUGACCGAAGAGGAAUCACAAAUGAAAAUGAAAGCGAGGUGAAGAAUCUGUCAUCUGAGACGGACUUGGAGAGGGCAGUUAGGAAAGCUGCCUUGGUCAUGUACUGGAAGCUAAACCCAAAGAAGAAGAAACAGGUGUCUGUGUCUGAGCUGCUGGAAAAUGUGGGCCAGGUCAAUGCUGAAGAUGGAAAGAACGAGCCGGGCCCCAUUCCCAAGGCAGCACAGAAGCAGCGGAGGAUCCUGGAACGUUUAGUCAGUAGUGAAUCAAAGAGCUACAUUGCGCUGGAUGAUUUUGUUGAGAUUACCAAGAAGUAUGCAAAAGGGAUAGUCCCAAGCAAUUUGAUAAUGCACGAUGAUGAAGAUGAUGAGUUUGCUGGAAAGAGCCCAGAAGAGCUGCCUCUGCAGCAAAAGAUCAUGAAGUACCCACUUCAUGUCAUUAUGGAACUGAAGGAAUACCUGAUCGAAGCCGCCUCCAAGGCCGGAAUGCACUGGCUGUCGACUAUCAUCCCUACUCAUCACAUCAAUGCCUUGAUCUUCUUUUUCAUUAUCAGCAAUCUCACCAUUGAUUUUUUUGCUUUUUUUAUCCCUCUGGUGAUUUUCUACCUGUCCUUUAUUUCCAUGGUGAUUUGCACACUCAAGGUUUUCCAGGACAGCAAAGCCUGGGAGAAUUUCCGCACUUUGACUGACUUGUUGCUUAGAUUUGAGCCCAAUCUGGACAUUGAGCAAGCCGAAGUGAACUUUGGUUGGAAUCACAUGGAGCCGUAUUUGUACUUCUUACUAUCUGUUUUCUUUGUCAUCUUCUCCUUCCCGAUCACCGACAGACACUGGAUUCCAUGCUCAGAACUGGCCACCAUAUCCAUAUUUUUCACCAUCACCAGUUACUUGAGUUUAAGCACAAGUGCGGAGCCUUACACCCGCCGAGCCUUGAUAACCGAAGUGGCUGCCGGUGCCCUCUUCCUAUUGGAUCUUUUGCCAAUAUCGCUGCCCUACGUUAAAAUUCUUAGUAAAACUUUUUUUACGGUUCCUGUCGGUCAUUUUAUCGUAUUUCACAUAAGCGUCCCUUGCCUUCUCUUUCUCUAUUUGUUCUAUCUGUUCUUCCAAAUGGCACGACUGAGGAAUUUCAAAGGUUUCUAUUGUUACCUGGUGCCCUACUUGGUUUGCUUUAUGUGGUGCGAAUUAUCUGUUGUAAUCCUACGUGAAUCCACUACCAUUGGCCUUAUCCGGGCUUCUGUAGGUUAUUUCCUCUUCCUCUUUGCUCUGCCUAUACUUAUUGUGGGCAUCGUUGUCAUGUGCAUUGUCCAGUUCAUAAAAUGGUUUAUUUCCCUAGAGCUGACAAAGAUUGUGGUAACUGUACUUUUAUGCACCAUUCCUUUGCUUCUUCGUUGGUGGUCUAAAGCUAACUAUUCCCUAGUAAAUAUGGUUAAAUCCUUAACUAAAAGCUCCAUUGUGAAGCUUAUUCUGGUUUGGAUCACCGCCAUUGUAAUGUUUUCUUGGGUAUACGUAUAUCGAUCUGAAGGCAUGAAGGUUUAUAAUUCUACUUUGACUUGGCACCAGUAUGGCUUCCUGUGUGGGCCCAGAGCAUGGAAGGAAACCAAUAUGGCGCGGACCCAGAUACUGUGCAGUCAUUUGGAAGGGCACAGGGUAACUUGGGCAGGCAGGUUCAAGUAUGUCCGGCUUACAGAAAUUGACAACAGUGCAGAGUCUGCGGUCAACAUGCUCCCGCUCCUUAUAGGAAAUUGGAUGAGGUGUCUGUAUGGCGAAGCUUACCCAACGUGUGAACCACAGAACGUCACCAUGGAAGAAGAAGAGCUUUGCCGCUUGAAGUUCCUCUCUAAGCAUUCAUGCCACAUGAAGAGAUUUGAUCGUUACAAAUUCGAGAUAACGGUGGGUAUGCCUUUAAAUGGGAGCAAGAUGAUUGAAGAGGACGACAUAACGAAAGAUAUUGUGCUGAGGGCAAGCAACGAGUUUAAACAAGUGCUGCUGAACUUGCGGCAGGGCAGCAUCAUAGAGUUCAGCACCAUCCUAGAGGGCCGCCUUGGCAGCAAGUGGCCGGUCUUUGAACUGAAAGCCAUAAGUUGCUUAAACUGCAUGGCCAAACUUACACCAGCCUCCAGACAUGUGAAGAUAGAACAGGACUGGAGGCGUGAUGCCCAUUCGGCUUUGAAAUUUGCCUUUGAUUUCUUUUUCUCCCCGUUCCUCUCGGCUGUUUGAAAAAAGUCAUUAUUGGACUGAUGCGCAGAGAGAAAGUCACUGUGAUAAAAUAAACCAAAGUGUUAUUUCUUUACACUAAUUAGCUUUUACUGUAAGCAUACCCUACUUGUUGGCACUUUCACUGGGAUUGAACUACUGUAGCUUUGGGUAUGUGUUCCUUCUGGAAGGGUGAAGUUCAUCUUCGCUGGACUUCUCUACUUUCAACAGCUGCCUUGUUAUUGGAUGAAUGUCUAAGUGGGGUGAUUCUAAGAAAUGGGGAGCUCCAUGAGGAACAUUGAUCUAAUCUUGGGGUAACCAAAAGGUAGAUUGUGAUCUAUCAGCAGAUCUUGGACUGGUGACCAGUAGAUCUCAUCAUUGUCGAUAAGAAACUCCCAUUAGAUCUCUGGGUGAUUUUUUCUAUCUUUCAGCGUAAAGGAAAUGUAAACCUUUGAGCCUAAGUAAGAGCAACCAGCAGAUACAGGCCAUUUGUUUAAUUAAUGGGUCGGAAUAAGACCAUUGUAGCUGGCGCAGGUUAAAACAGUUUAAUGGCAAUGAGUGGCGAUGCCAUAUUCGUGUUGUGAUUCCAUAUUCACAGUAUGGCUGCCAGAGGCAUUGUACAAUGAUUGGAACCCGUGCUUUAUGCUUCAGCUAAAUACUUCUGCUAGGCGGGUUAGUUAGUCCAGCUAGGCUAGCUUUUGGCUGUUGGCAUUUAUCUUUGCAAAUGUAUUUAUAACUCUUCUUUUCUAUGCAAAUAAUAUAACCUUAACUGUCACUACACAAGAUUCAAAUGGUACCUGCUGUGUGUUGUUUUGUAUUCCAAAUAGGAACAAAUAUUGGAUGUGGACUUAAAUACAAUUAAAAUGCCUUAUCACAAGUCAA